UUCAGUGUCCGGCAAUGUGCUUGUAGUGCAACACCGCCACCUAGUGGUUAAAUAUAGUCAUUACUGCAAGUCCCUGUCGAGGGAGAGAUUCGGAAGUGGACACGCCAGGGCAAGGGAGAAAUCGAAGGAAAGGGUGGAGGAAAGGGAGCUACCGAGGGGAUGGAGAAAAAUGACAAGCCAUCCUGACUUUCCACAGCGGGACACAUUCUAGCAAUCCUCUCUCACGGCUUUGCAGACGUUUGCCAGGUAUUUCCCCCACGCUGUACUGCAAGUGUCUCUAAGUUCUCUCCUCCUCCUCCAUCUCCCCCCACCCCUCCUCGUUUCCUUCCAGCCUUUCCUUAUUUCCGUCUGUCACUCCCUCACACCCUCUCCCUGCAGGUGAGUGUCUCUUCGCUUACACCAUACUUUCGGCGUGAAGCAGAGCUCCUGUCCUUCAGGUGUGUCUGUCAGAGGACAGGUGAGGGGGAGCUGUAGAAGAGGCCAUGCGCCAGGGGUGAGAAGCGUUCACUUUGGGGGACACACACAGCGUAGGGGUGAGGGGUCAGGGCCGGUUGGUUCGGAGAUGAAGCUCAAACAACGCGUGGUGGUGCUGUGUGCCGUGCUUCUCCUGCUGGGCCUGGCCAAGAUCUUCCUGCUGGAUGGAGGGGAGGGCUCUGCGGCCAGCCGACGGGACCUCCGAGCGUUUCGCAAGAUGGAAGCCGGCCUUUCCCUGUCCCGUGGAGCUCGACUCACCCACACCCUCCAGUCUCCCUGGGAGAUAGCGGGCCAGUGGGUUGGACCCCGAGAGGUGUACCCUGAGGAGACCCCCGAGCUGGCUGCUGUGCUCACCUCCCUCAGCACAGCCAGGAUAGAGCGGGCAGAUGUGGGCUACAAGGGCACGCAGCUCAAAGCUCUGCUGGUGCUGGAUGGGGGGCAGAAAGUGGUCUUCAAGCCCAAAAGAUAUAGCAGAGACUACAUUGUUGAAGGGGAGCCUUAUGCAGGCUAUGACAGACAUAAUGCAGAGGUGGCUGCUUUUCACCUGGACAGGAUCCUGGGUUUCAGGAGAGCACCCCUAGUGGUGGGGAGAUAUGUGAACCUGCGCACCGAGAUCAAACCCGUGGCCACUGAUCAGCUACUGAGCACCUUUCUGAUGCAGGGUAAUAAUACAUGUUUCUAUGGAAAGUGUUACUACUGCAGGGAGAGCGAGCCGGCGUGUGCCGAGGGAGAGAUCAUGGAGGGAUCAUUAACCCUGUGGCUGCCAGACGUCUGGCCUUUGCAGAAACACAGGCACCCCUGGGGACGCACAUACAGAGAGGGGAAACUGGCAAGAUGGGAGUAUGAUGAGAGUUACUGCGAGGCAGUGAAGAAGAUGCCUCCGUACGAUGCAGGGCCAAGGCUGCUGGAUGUCAUCGACACAGCCAUAUUUGAUUAUCUGAUCGGGAACGCUGAUCGCCAUCACUACGAGAGUUUCCAGGACGACGGGGGUGCCAGCAUGCUCAUCCUCCUAGACAACGCCAAGAGCUUUGGGAACGCAGCUCUUGAUGAGCGAAGUAUCCUCGCGCCGCUCUAUCAGUGUUGCAUGGUGCGUGUGUCUACGUGGAACAGAUUAAACCUGCUGAGAGGUGGGGCUUUGAGUGCAGCCAUGCGCCAGGCUUUGGCCUUUGACCCCAUCCACCCCGUCCUGGCUGAGCCACACCUAGCAGCCCUCGACCGGCGUCUGUCGGGUGUCAUUGCUACAGUCAAGCAGUGCAUGGAGGCGCAGGGGCCCGACAACACUCUCAUAGAGGACCGAAUGAACCUCCCCCAUCCCUAAAAACGGGAGGGGAACAAGAACAGCCAGGACUUUACUUCCCAUGUGAAAAUACAAAGAGGAAUUAGCACUAAUGGAUUUUGACAGUGGCAGAUGCCCCGGUCUUAAAGAAGGAAAUGGAGAGUGGGUGCAGGGAUUGACAGGCUGGAACAAAGACAGCAUACUACUUCCUCCCUUGACCAUUCCUAGUUUUUCACACAGUGAUCGAUACUCUGGGGAGACUGGAGGAGAAAGCAGCUAUGGCUGUGCAAAAGGAAGUACUGUCUGGUUUCAAAGCAUUUGAACUCUGCGUGGUUCUACAACCACAUGAACUUCCUCUCAGGACUGUUGUGCACUAGGACAGUAUCUGCUGUAUCUAAGACCCCCCUCCCACUACUACUGGUUGUGUAGUGACAAAACACAUGCUUUGUGCCAAAACCUCCCUCACUGUCCAAAUUUUCCACAGGAUUGAACUAAGGCCAUAGGACCGCGCUUGGAAAGACAAAGUGAAACAGAAUGGCAGAUGAGGCCAUGACUUUCCUCCAAGCCACCCGUGUCUCUGUGAAAGACACGGGACAGCGGUACGACACAUUUAGGAAAAGACUGACAAGCUGCCUCUUUGCUGAGUAAAGGGGUCAAGACAACCAUGAGGGCCUUGAAUCCUGUCAGAUGAGACGGAUUUCUAAUUGGAGAGCUGGAGGGUGCCAUUUGUUUUGAAUUGGCUUUUUUUUU